AGCAUUUGCAUACGUCAGACUCAUGACGUCAAGCACGACCGAUCACGAUUCGUCCCGAUGGAUUGUGAGCUCGCAUUAUUAUCCUAUAUAAAGAAGAGUACGAAAACAUAUGUCUUGACUCUUUGUCUUUACUAUGUUCACAACUUUAUAGUUGACAGUUUGUAUUGGAUCUUUUUGUCCGUAACAAUCAUGAAGUGUAUUACUCUGGCAGAGAAUUUGAAACCUCGUUCAUUAGGAGGCGAGACUAAGUACUCAGGACGUCGUCGCGAAGCCAAAUAUUUCUUUGAAGAGGCUGCUAAAAAUUUGGAAAGAAAGCUCAAACGAAGUGAAAAAGACACAGAAAACGAAAACACUCGCGAAAAUGUUGGCGAUCGAAGUGUCACGUUGGGUUCUGAGGAUUUGAUCUAUUCAAGCGCAGACGUUGGUUUAUUUUCGUCAAUUUUCUUAUAUAAUAGCCAUUUGAAACUGCGAACGUCUCCCGAAGACUGGUGGUUUGUUGUCAUCAGAAAGGUCGCGAUCGCCAUUGACAAACAUUCAAAACAUGAAAACGUACGGAAGAUGUUUGUUGAACACGAAGGUAAGAAAACCUUGGACGUAAAAGUGAAUUCUAAUAAUAUCUAUGAUGUAAACUACACCACUUUUUUUGACGCCAUGUCUUGUGAAAUAUCAAAGAAUGUCAAAGUUCCUGGUUAUGUUGAUCUGAUAUCUGCUGAUUUCUCAUCAAGCACACCAGUGCAAAAGAUUGUAUCUCAAAUCACUUGGAUAAAAGUAAUAAUUAUUUACUGUCAUUGUCUUCAUUUUUUGUUUUUUAUUAAAAUAUUUAAGAAACUGCUUGCAACUUACUGUGGUAAACCUGAUUGCGAAUGGUGGUCAAAAAUUGUCAGCAAAGAGGGAUUUGGUUCAGGACCUCGGCGCUAUGAAGGAUGGAUCCCACAGUUCAUGGCAAACUUAAAAAGUCCUUCAGAUUUCAGUGAUUUUACAAGUGGACUUGUCACUGUACAGCUAACUCUUUCACAUCUGUCAGGUUUAGUUGAUGAGGCUGCAUUAGUUGCUGGAUGUCUGGGUUAUCAGCUUCACGAGAAUGAUGACAACAUACCAUCUGUACAGCCUUAUCAAGGAUGGUGUCUUAUGUUGCCAAAGAAUUCACCAUUUCGAGCUGAACACCAAUGAUAGACAGCAAAAUGUAUGAAAAAAAACUUAUUUAUUUAAAAUAUUUGAUGUUAUUUAGUUGUUCUAUCUACGUAAUAUAUUAAAAAAUAAACUAUUUUUGAAAAUGAA